AUGAUAUAUAAUCAAAUUUGUUUCUGUCGUGACCUGCCCUAUCUAUCUAUCUAUCUAUCUAUCUAUCUAUCUAUCUAUCUAUCUAUCAUAGUCUGCUCAUCUACCUAUCAUAGAGUGUUCAUUUCUCUCUCUCUCUCUCUCUCUAUCUAUCUAUCUAUCUAUCUUAGUGUGUUCAGGUAUCUAUCUAUCUAUCUAUCUAUCUAUCUAUCUAUCUAUCUAUCUAUCAUAGUCUGCUCAUCUUUCUCUCUCUCUCUCUCUCUCUCUAUCUAUCUAUCUAUCUAUUAUGCUCUGACAUUCUAUCUAUCUAUCUAUCUAUCUAUCUAUCUAUCUAUCAUAGUUUGCUCAUCUACCUAUCAUAGAGUGUUCAUUUCUCUCUCUCUCUCUCUCUGUGUUCAGGCAUCUAUCUAUCUAUCUAUCUAUCUAUCUAUCUAUCUAUCUAUCUAUCUAUCUAUCUAUCUAUCUAUUUUUCUAUCUAUCUAUCUAUCUAUCAUGGCCUGUUUAUCUAUCUAUCUAUCUAUCUAUCUAUCUAUCAAUCAAUCUAUCUAUCUAUCUAUCUAUCUAUCUCAUAUGUGGUUUCCUUUUGGACCGAUAUUUGCAAACAGUCUCUUACGGUGGGUAGCUCAUUAUUCUCCCUUCCUCCUCCUCCUCCACCUCCACCUCCUCCUCCUCCCACGGAAGCGUCAGCGAUAUGCUUCCUGCCUCACGUGUGGUCAAAAUGUCACCCAUGAAUUUCUUCGUCCGUAUGUUUUCGACAAUGUCUUUCUGUUUAGCUUUUCUCAUUGUAUAAAAUUUUCCCGUUGGUACGGUCCAUUUCUAUCUGUCUGUCUAUCUGUCGUCCUGUCUAUCUAUCUAUCUAUCUAUCUAUCUAUCUAUCUAUCUAUCUAUCUAUCUCAAUCUGUUCAUAUCUAUCUAUCUAUCUAUCUAUCUAUCUAUCUAUCUAUCUAUGUCUGUUUGCUCAUUAUCUAUUUCUCUUUCUUCUUGGUCUGA